GAUUCAAAUAAAAACAAUUCAAAACACUAGCAACUGGGAUCUAAACAUGACUAGUUGGCGUAGUCUGAUAGAUGAAGCUUUAUCAGACGAGGAGAUCAUUGAUAAAAUAAAGUCUUUCAUUCAUAGUGAGGACGCUGGUAUGACUAAGUUAACAAAGUUUGAGCUACUGGAAAUGCUAAGGUCUAAGGGUGUAAUUGACAUGCUGGUUUCUAAAAUAAAGUCUAAAGAACAGUCCAAGAUUUUCUCCAGAGGUCAUGAUAGUUUUGUGGGUACGUACGAAGGUUCUAAAACAUGUGUGUCAAUCAAUACGAGUUCCACUGCAGUAUUAGUAGUGGAGGUUCUUCAGGGGAGAGCGUUCACGAGUCACCUUCAGACAUAUGAAGACAUGGAAAUUGAAGAAUCUAAGUGCUCCGACAUCAGUUUGCAACUACAUAUCGCUUACAAGGACUGUAGAUUUUCCAGCAAAUUAUUCCAGUGCACAACGGAGCCUAUUAUCAAUCAGAUCUUUUGUUUUGAGCUUAUUUCUGGAAACCCUAGCAAGGGACGAGAUGUGACCCUUGAAAAUUUGCUGUUCGAUAAACCAGUUUCUUUUGUACAAAUCGUAAUCACAUCAAACGUAUUAACAACUGCAAAACGAGGUUUGAUCUCAUCAACCUACUUUGACUGGCGUCCAUAUUUCAUGGGCAAUUCUAAAUGUAAAGAAGUAAACGUAAACCACUGGACUAAUAACGUAUCCAUAGAACUACAAAGUACCGAUCCAGACUGUAAUGUACCUGCAGGUGUUCUUGAUUUACGUCUUUCUCUAAUAUGUCCUAAUGCAUCUAUCAAUACAAAUUGGUGUGAUCCAGUAAAGCAGACAUUUGAUUCAAAUGCACCUGGUAUAAUUAAUCAUCAAACUUGUAAAUUAAGACAACUAUCACCCUCACUUAUUCAAGCACAUUUUCAAUUAGAAUUAAAUCGAUCACUUGAAAGAGAAAAUACGUUUACUAAUUAUGUUCGUCAAUGGUGGCGUGAAUUAACACAAUUGCGUGAAGGAUUCUUUUCUGAACGUCUUAUUAAAAUAUUUGCAGCUGAUGAAAAUGGACGUACACAAUUUGUGUGUAACUUCGUAAAUCCACUCAGUGCAAGUCAUAUUCUUGAAACCCCAUAUAUAGCCGCACGCUUCGUUUCAAGUAUACCCUAUGAACCGUUUUACGGCGUCGGGGUUGGGAUAAAAGAACGUUGGUGUUCUGGACUGGCUUUUGUUUCUUCAAACUCUGGAGAUGUAGCAGAUCAUGCAAACCUUUUAUGCUCUCUACUAUUGGGUUAUGGAGUUGAAGCAUACGUUGCUUUAGGCACAAGUCAAUUCAAUAUGAAUAAGCAGCAAAUGACUACUUCCUCACAUUUAUAUGCAUGGGUCGUUGUUUGUUCUGACGAUUAUCAACGAAUCACAUUUUGGGAUAGUAUAACUGGUCGUUGUUAUAUUCAUACAACUGGUGGUUGCGAACAAAAAAUCUAUCCUUCUCCAUUCUAUACCAUUGGAUGUUUAUACAAUAACAGUUCAUUUUAUGCCAAUAUUCAACCAACUGAUAAAGUAGUAAACUGUCUUUUUAAUUUAAAGAAUUCAUCUCAAUGGCGUCCUAUGUCAUUUGAAGUCAUUCAAACAGUACAUAAUUACUCAAGUUUAUACCUUAGAAAAUUGAAUCCUCCCAUUCAAUCUAUAGAUGAGAUUACUGUACAAUGUCAUGAAUCCUUACGUCGUUUAGCUGAUAGUUGGCGUAUGGAAAAAUUAAGAUGUAAUAAUCAUAUUACAUGGAAAUGGGAUAAUAAACUAGAACAAUUAUUAUUACCUUUGAUUGCUAAAUAUGAAGCAGAUCAAAAAAAUUUAUCAAAUUAUAAUGAUAAUGAUAACGUUGUACAAGUACAUGAGGUAUUAGAGAAUGAUUUGAUUAUGUCACCAAUUCAUCGUCAUAUACCUAAAGAUUUUACAUUCAAAUCUUAUCCAGUCCAGCUAUUCCAUUGUAAUCCUCAAAGAAUAUUACGAAGUUGUUUACGUUCUCAAUUAUGUCGGGAUAUACUAAGCUGUCGUGGUGAUCAUGUUCAACUUGCCUUAGGUUUACGCAUUAUUACAUAUGCUGAAAAUGCAAUGAUUACAUGGGUUAUAUUUGCAUGUUCAUAUAAAUCUGUAAUAUAAAUUCAAUCAUAACCCUUUUUCAAGAGAUGAUGAAUUAUUUGCUUGAAGUAACCAAUUUCUGAAAAGAUAUUUUGGUUCAUUUAAGACUUAAUAAUUUAUAGAUAUCUUUAUCUUCGUAUUUACAAAGAGUACUCAUGGUAAACCCUUUAGUUCGUUUUAAAAAACGCCCUUGUUCAUAAUGCACAUGUGAUUGUUAAUGGAUUGAUAAUUCUUUAUAUUUAUAAUGUUUUUUUACACUUGAACUCCCGUGGUUAUACUAAUUUUUCUUCCAGUUGUUCAUAUCCGUUUAACUUGAGACUUUCUGAGGGGAAUGAAAAAUCAGUGUUUGAAUUUUUAUAAAUUGGUUUGUUUUUAAAAAUUGAGAACUCACCAAUUGUAAUUUGUAAUGAUUUGGAUUAUUCCGUUGUUGAUAUUUUGACUGAAAUCUGAUCAGUCUUGGUUGACAUGUAGAUCGCCUUGAUAUAGCCAUUAUGAUAUAAACUUAUUUACAGUAUACAAAUUGUGGCUUCGAGUCCCAGAGUGAACUUUAACUCUAAGAUGUCGGUAAAUCCAGUUAUUUAUUUGCAUAUCCUGAAUUUCACUACUAGCCACAUUCCAUCUACCCUGUGUAAUUCAUGGUUCAUUAGUUUAGAAAAGUACUUUUUUAUAAAAAUUAAAUUCAGAAGUUUAAAGUGUAUCUUACGUCCACAGAAUCUUUACAGAACAAACUACUUAUAUGGGGAAUCCAUAAUCUUUAAAUAAAAUAUUAAAUGACCACUGUCACGUUUGUGUAGAUGUUGGUAACGACUGAAUUUGGCAAGUCACAUUUCACUGUAGAUACUGGUGAUUAAAUCCAAUCCGUUGGUCUAGAUUUUGUUCUGCUUUGUGUUCAUCAUUGAGAUAUAUCUUUAAUCUUGAAGGAAUCAAUUAUCUGCUUGGGACUCCAAUCGUUCUCAAAACCAAACAUGUUACUACUAAGAAAUUAUUUUCUCGACUUACAUACUACAUGACUAAGAUAUUUAUGUUAAUCGACAAAUUAUUAGUAACCAAUGUCAUAUUUUGUAUCGAUUUAUACUGAACAAUCAGUAAAUAUUGUGUAUGAAUGAGUGGUGAAUAGCUCCGAACCAAAUUCAGGAUAUACUACCUACCAUUACUAACUACCUGGCAAAACGUGACUUAUUUUAUGAAAUAUUAUUAUGUAUAAAUGCAAAUGUUUAUUUAUCCUCUUUUAAAUCUUAUUUUCUAAUGCAGAGUUUGCUUUCUUUUUAAUUUAACAUACAUUUUGCAUAGAAACGUCAAAAAUAAAUUUGUUACUUAAAUG